AAACGUAGUGGAGCAGCGAGUGGGAGGUUCGAAGGUUCUCUUUUUGCUCCCGUAAAAUCGAAAGGAUCAAUACUUUGAUACUAGCUAAGACCACCAACGGCGCUCUCUUCUCGAGGAUUCCGAGAGUGCGAUUGACGCGAAUACCGGCAGCCAUCGGAGAAAAAAUCUCGUCAAGGAUCCGUUCGUUUGUUCCGUUCUUCUACUUGGAUCAAUCACCUAUCGUAUCCCGCCAUAAUUCACUCCUCUCGCUAUGCCGUACUGUAUUCUACUUCUCUUGAUAGCCGUUGCUACCCAGGCAUCGUUAUAUUUACCACCUACGAUUCAGGAAGAACAUUUCCUGGAGAAAAGACAUCAUCAAAAUACCAUCGAUACGUUGAAUGAUUUUAUCGACGCUGUCAACUCCUACGCCAAAUAUUUUGGCAAUUCUCGAUUGUCCGAUGACUUUGACAAGGCCAAGGAAAUACCGAUAGAUUUACCGGCUGAUUACGAAACCGUUGAUACGUUCAACCCCAAUCCAAGUAUUCGCGAUCAAGAAUACCUGCAACACAGUACUUUGUGGAGUCAUCAGCAUGCGAAUGAUUAUUACAGGGGUAACGAUAGACAUAGGAUACAGGCUGCUAGUUUAAAAAGUGGAAAAGAUGAGAAAACUGAAAAUGCAUUACCUGCUUAUUGCACACCACCGAAUCCUUGCCCAAUAGGAUAUACCAGUGAAAACAACUGUCUUGUCGAUUUUGAGAACACGGCGGCGUUUAGUCGUCAUUAUCAAAGCAUACAGGAUUGCAUGUGCGAUACCGAGCACAUGGCAGAUUGUUCGUCUAAUUCUAUUAGCAAUAGUGGACUUCCUGGUAUGCGUAUUUCAAAUUCCGAUUUUGAUCAGAUCGUCGAAUUUCAGGAAGAGAACCCGUUCUUCCAAGGAGAAAAAUUACCGAUAGCUGCGAAAAAAGGUACAAAUGUGGUUUACUAAAAAGGCAAAGAUAUAGAAAUGUUAUCUAUCGAGUAUUUACAAUCAAGUCACGUUGAAUACUAUGCACUAUGCUCGAUGGAAAAAUAUUAUAUGUGUGUUAAAUAAAAGGAUUCUAAUACAUGCUUAUGUCAUAGAUAUAUACACAUACAUACGUGUGUAUGUAUGUGUAUAUAUGUAUAUAGAGAGAGAGAGAGAGAGAGAGAGAGAGAAAGUUACAUACACAUAAAAAUUUGUUCUACAUAAAUUAUUUAAGAUUUUUUGAAUAUAUUAUACAUUAAAAUAAUCGUCGUCGCAGCAAAAAAUGCUAUUAUUAAAAGGAACCAUUUAGUUUAUGGAUGUAAACAAAUGUAAUACAUAUAUAUAUACAUACAGACACACACGCGCGCUCACGAAGCAGACAGACGGACACAGACACACGCACAAAUUAUACGUAUCUUAACAUUUAUCGUUCAAUUUUAUCCGAAAAUCCAUGAAAAAAAUGAAUUUGAUACAAUUACGUACAAGAUAUCUCACAUUUCGUUUCAUUGCAUUGUUUAACAUUUGCUACCGAUAAGAUUCAAUAAUUAAUCAUUAUUUAUUAUAUAUAUGAUGUAUAAAGGGCAUCGGGUCGCGAGGGAUUGCACCUUAUUAAGUACAUCUCUAUAUUCGAAAUGUAAUAUCUCUAGCAAAGUUACCGUAUAACAAUUGAUAAAUUAGGAGAAAUAUUAUUUUAUAAAGAUAUAACGCGAGCGUAGAAAAUGACGAUACCGUUUUACUGCUUUCUGAAACUUUUCAAUAUCGGAUAAAUGUUAUUUAAUGCGUCCUGUAAUUCGGACCGUUUCUUUGCACCUGCAACAUAAGGUAAUCUUAAUAUUUACAUCUACGGACAACUUAAUGGGAGGAUAAUCCCUUGAAUCGCGUACACACGCAAACUAUUAUUAUAUCGAUUUAACAUUAUUCGAUCUUACCAGUUAAUACAAUCUUUCCAUUUACAAA